CUCGUCCUCGUCCUCCCCCCUCGUCCUCCCCCUCGUCCUCCCCCUCUAGUUCUAGGAAAAGAAAAUACGCACCCGGUACCUGAUUGUGUGCAUCACACACGUGAUAUACGUACACAACACACACCUCGCGAUCGACGAUCAAAACAACACACAACAGAAUCACUAUUAAUUCUGAACUACAAACUAGUGUCGGUCCAGAAUUGAUUAAAUUUGGGGUUUGAAUCCUUGGUUAUCAGCACAAUGAGAUUCUUCGUGAAUCAUCUUCCAGACUUUAAAGACGGCUCCGAGGUAGAAAUCCCCGUUACUGACCUCCAAGAACGGAUCCGAAACAUUGUGGAUGCCAUUGUGCAGAAUGUUCAACCUCGCAAUGUUCGUAACCGUGACGGCGGGUUGUACGUUGGUUCAGCAGGGAUUGCAUACGCCUUGUGGUAUAUCAGCAUGACGGGAGGGUUCCCUAAAGAUGCCAUGAGGUUUCUAAGUCUCUCUAAGAAAUACAUCGACGUAGCAGUUGAGUUUGAGAAAGGGAGUGCAAAGUCAAUGGGUCCUUCAUUCCUGUGUGGAACGUGUGGAGUCCAUGCUGUGGGGGCGCUGUACUAUCAAACGUCUGCUUCACAGUCGGACGGCAGCAAUCAAGCAGCAGCUCAAUUUCUACAGAGCUAUGCCAAUUUUGCUGCCGUGUGUGCUCCAGAGAAUUUUCUGCAAUGUGGUUCUGAUGAGCUGCUCGUUGGCCGGGCUGGCUACUUGUGUGGGGUGCAGUUACUGGCCCAAAAAGUUGGUAAACAAGUAUUGAGCCCAGAAGUUGUUCAUUCAUUGUGUGCAACAGUAGUCCAAUCUGGACGCAAAUACUCACGACGACACAAUUCUCCUUGCCCAUUGAUGUAUGCUUACUACGAGACGGAGUGUCUGGGUGCUGCACAUGGUCUGUCAGGCAUCCUUCAAGUCUUACUAGGUUUUCCAGAAUACAUCAAGUCUGAUCCAUCAGCUGAGAAGGAUAUCAGAGAUUCUGUUGAGUUCUUAGUGACUUGUCUUGAGAAUGAAGGGAACAUUCCACCAGCUCUAGAUGAAUGUGGACGACAGGUCAGACCUGCUGAGCAAGAAUUGUUACAUUGGUGUCAUGGAGCACCUGGGGUUGUGUACCUGUUUGCCAAAGCUUAUCUAACCUGGAAGGAAGAAGCCUACCUGAAUGCAUGCAAGAAAUGUUCUGAGAUCACAUGGACUAAAGGUCUUCUUAAGAAAGGCCCUGGUAUCUGUCAUGGAGUUGCAGGCAAUGGGUACGUCUUCCUUCUUAUGUAUCGUCUGACUGGGGAGAAGAAAUACUUACAUCAAGCUUUGCAGUUUGCUUCGUUUAUGGAAGAGAAGAAGUUUCGUAAAGAGGCCAGUACUCCAGAUACUCCAUACAGUUUGUUUGAAGGUUAUGCUGGAACUAUCUGCUUCUUGGCUGAUUUAAUGCAACCAGACAAAGCAGAAUUUCCAUUCUUUAACGUCUUUUGAACACAAACAAUUAUAUCUGAUCUUUGUCGUUAAAUUAAAUGGGGAUUUGGCUCACUCAAAAAAAGAUUCUGAAAUAAACAGUUGUGGAGCUGCAUAUCUUCGCAGGUUUUUUACGAAUUGCGAUCAACUCCACAAAGGUAAACCUUGGUUUAAAAAUAAUCAAAUUUGAAGUUGGUGAUUUUUUAAUAUCGAUCUUGGAUGGAUUUGUAUAACUGGGAAUUCCCCACAUACUUCGUAUGACAGUCCAUACAUCUAGCCAUUACUUACUUUUAAAAAAUCUAUUCAUAUUUAAAGCCAUUGGACACUUUCAGAACCAAAAAAAAAUUAAAAGUUCACAGAU